UUCCUGGUUCUUAGCUUGGUAGCCACAAAGGAAACAGACAGUGCAAGAUCUCGUAGCAUGCCAAUGUCGCCAUCUGAUUUCCUGGAUAAGCUAAUGGGUAGGAUGUCGGGCUACGAUGCAAGAAUAAGACCAAAUUUCAAAGGUCCUCCAGUUAAUGUCACAUGCAACAUAUUUAUAAACAGCUUUGGAUCCAUUGCAGAGACAACCAUGGAUUACCGAGUGAACAUCUUUCUCCGCCAGAAUUGGAAUGAUCCACGACUUGCAUACAGUGAAUAUCCAGAUGACUCUUUAGACUUAGAUCCAUCCAUGCUGGAUUCAAUUUGGAAACCUGAUUUGUUCUUUGCUAAUGAAAAAGGUGCCAACUUUCAUGAAGUUACAACAGAUAAUAAGUUGCUGAGAAUUUUCAAAAAUGGAAAUGUACUUUAUUCCAUCAGAUUGACUUUAAUACUGUCCUGUCCAAUGGAUCUCAAAAAUUUUCCGAUGGAUGUGCAAACAUGUAUAAUGCAGCUGGAAAGCUUUGGAUACACAAUGAAUGAUCUCAUUUUUGAAUGGCAAGAAAAGGGAGCAGUUCAAGUAGCAGAAGGUCUCACUCUGCCACAGUUUCUCUUGAAAGAAGAAAAGGAUUUAUGUUACUGCACCAAGCAUUAUAAUACAGGAAAGUUUACAUGCAUUGAAGUCCGAUUUCACCUUGAGAGGCAAAUGGGUUACUAUCUCAUCCAGAUGUACAUACCAAGUCUCUUGAUCGUCAUUCUCUCCUGGGUGUCAUUUUGGAUCAAUAUGGAUGCAGCUCCAGCCAGAGUGGCUUUAGGCAUAACAACUGUACUGACCAUGACAACACAAAGCUCAGGUUCACGAGCAUCACUUCCAAAGGUGUCAUAUGUCAAAGCAAUUGACAUCUGGAUGGCUGUGUGUCUGCUAUUUGUAUUUUCUGCACUUUUGGAAUAUGCAGCUGUAAACUUUGUGUCAAGGCAACAUAAAGAACUCCUGCGAUUCCGACGGAAGAGGAAGAAGAACAAGUAUUUUGAGGGAGUUCUUGAUGGAAAUGAAAUCAAUGAAUCAUUACAGCAUAGCAAUGGCUUGAGAUGUGCAGGACCUAUAGACGGGACUUUGCCUCAAAUCUACAGUACAAAUUUAAGGGAUGAUGACGUACGGGAAAGCCAAUUCAGUUUUACAGCAGCAUAUGGAGUGGGGCCAUGUCUGCAAGCAAAAGAUGGAGUGACACAGAAGGGGCCUCAUAAUCCUGCUCAAGCUGCACCAAAGAGCCCCGAUGAGAUGAGAAAGGUAUUCAUCGACCGAGCCAAGAAGAUAGACACAAUUUCCAGAGCUUGUUUCCCAUUAGCCUUUCUGAUUUUCAAUAUUUUUUACUGGGUAAUUUACAAAAUCAUCAGGCAUGAAGACAUUCACCAAUAA